CUUUCAAUGUUGCCGCCGUAAAGAAUUAUGGGAUACCACCAGAGAAUGUCUAAUAUGAGACGGGCUCUGAUACCACUAUCUCCUUUCGCAAAGGAAGUCCAUGAGGAACCUUUGCUAAAGGAGGGUUAAAGAAAGCAUUGAGGCCCCUUCCUAAGCAUUUUUAGAAUUCGAAACACCUUUACUCCAAGCACUUCCGGGUCAUCUCCAUAGGAAAGGGAAGUCCUUUUCGACCGCUCGUAUUUUGUAUUCUAUUGUGGGGUUUUAUCCACAACAGUAUCCAUUUGUUAAUAAACAUGUCACCGUGCGGCCCAACUUUGGAAGAACAGCUUUCGUCCAUAAUGGAUUUACUUGCGAAAGGUGCUGUAUCUGAGAUUAGCCAACUGUUCUUGGAAGGCUCGGCUACGAUUCGCUUGCAAUUAACUCGGAGCAUGAAAGAAAACCAAGCGCUGAGGAGGAGGAUGAUGGUGAUGAGGAGUAAGAUAUUUUCUUUGCGGCUUCAAACGAGAUCAAAUGCAUCGUGUGCAGCCAGACAUUUUGCCCUGGCUCGAGCCAUCGUCUGCAAACCACAGACUAAACCACUGGGAAAUGAAGACUGCGAUGACUGUGGAGACCCCAGCACACAGCGCGGCGCCCCCUCAGAUAGUCUGCAUGUGGACGCCCCUGGCUCCUCCCACAUGUCCAGUCACAGCGAGGAGCUGAGGAUCCUGAGCGUCCACGGAAAAGGGGAGGGCCCACUGGCGCUGCACGGCCAUGACACCCUCUUCACUGCGUCCGAACCAGAGGCUCUGAGGUCGCUGUCCACGGAACACGGCGUGGUCAAGAGCCUGGAGCGCGGCGAGCAGCUGGUCCGCCGUGAGGAGCUGACUGGGCAGCAGACCCCAGACACCAUUUUAACCAAGGAUGAAGAGGAUGUUGGUGGAGGCAUUCCCGCUGUAGAAGACUGCGAUGACUUUGGAGACUGCAGCACACAACCCAGCGUCACCUUGGAUAGUCUGCAUGUGGACGCUCCUGGCUCCUCCCACCUGUCAAGUCACUACAGGGAGCUGAGGAUCCUGAGUGUCCACGGAAAAGGGGAGGACCCACUGGCGGUGGACGGCCAUGACAACAUCUUCACCGUGUUCAAACUGGAGACUCUGAGCUCGCUGUCUGCGGAACACAGCGUGGCAAAGAGCCUGGAGCGCGGCGAGCAGCUGGUCCACCGUGAGGAGCUGACUGUGCAGCAGCAGACCCCAGACACCAUUUUAACCAAGGAUGAAGAGGAUGUUGGUGGAGGCAUUCCCGCUGUAGAAGACUGCGAUGACUUUGGAGACUGCAGCACACAACCCAGCGUCACCUUGGAUAGUCUGCAUGUGGACGCUCCUGGCUCCUCCCACCUGUCAAGUCACGACAGGGAGCUGAGGAUCCUGUGUGUCCACGGAAAAGGGGAGGACCCACUGGCGGUGGACGGCCAUGACAACAUCUUCACCGUGUUCAAACUGGAGACUCUGAGCUCGCUGUCUGCGGAACACAGCGUGGCAAAGAGCCUGGAGCGCGGCGAGCAGCUGGUCCACCGUGAGGAGCUGACUGGGCAUCGGGGCCGCGGCAAGGACCGGCCCGCUGUGUUGUCUGGCGAGUGUUUUCCCGACAAAACCAAUAAGGUCAUCCACAGGCGUACCCACACCGGCGAGAAGCCGUACGGGUGCGACCAGUGCACGAUGAGCUUCAAACGGAAAGACAGCCUGAAGAGCCACAUGAGGAGGACUCACCCCGGGGAGAAGCCCUACAGGUGUGAUCAAUGCGUGAAGUGCUACUAUAGGAGCUCUCACCUGAAGAGGCACAUGACGACUCACUCCAUGGAGAAGCCCUACAGGUGUGAUCAAUGCGUGAAGUGCUACUAUAGGAGCUCUCACCUGAAGAGGCACAUGAAGACUCACUCCGGGGAGAAGCCCUACAGGUGCAACCAAUGCGUGAAGCGCUUCAAUCAGAGCUCUCACCUGAAGAUCCACAUGAGGACUCACUCCGGGGAGAAGCCCUACAGGUGUAACCAAUGCGUGAAGCGCUUCAUUAGGAGUUCCAACCUGACGGUCCACAUGAGGAUUCACUACAAGGAGAAGCCCUACAGGUGUGACCAAUGCAUGAAGCGCUUCAUUUCGAGCUCUCACCUGAAGAGCCACAUGAGGACUCACUCCGGGGAGAAGCCCUACAGGUGCAACCAAUGCGUGAAGCGCUUCAUUUUUAGCUCUCACCUGAAGAUCCACAUGAGGACUCACUCCGGGGAGAAGCCCUACAGGUGUAACCAAUGCAUGAAGCGCUUCAAUCAGAGCGGUCACCUGAAGAGACACGUGAAGACUCACUCUGGGGAGAAGCCCUACAGGUGUAACCAAUGCGUGAAGUGCUUCAGUCGGAAUUCCAUUUUGAAGGUCCACAUGAGGACUCACUCCGGGGAGAAGCCCUGAAGGUGCAACGCCAGCCUCACGCUUGGAGAAAGCGACACCUCCCAGAAUUCGAACCACCUUUCCUCCAAGCACUUCCGGGUCAUCUCCAUAGGAAAGGGAAGUACCUUUCGACCGCUCGUAUUUUGUAUUCUAUUGUGGGUUUUUAUCCACAACAGUAUACAUUUGUUAAUAAACAUGUCACCGUGCGGCCCAACUUUGGAAGAACAGCUUUCGUCCAUAAUGGAUGUACUUGCGAAAGGUGCUGUAUCUGAGAUUAGCCAACUGCUCUUGGAAGGCUCGGCUACGAUUCGCUUGCAAUUAACUCGGAGCAUGAAAGAAAACCAAGCGCUGAGGAUGAGGAUGAAGGUGAUGAGGAGUGAGCUGUUUUCUUUGCGGAUUCAAACGAGAUCAAAUGCAUCGUGUGCGGCAAGUCGUUUUACCCUGGCUCGAGCCAACAUCUGCAAACCACAGACUAAACCACAGGGAGAUGAAAACUGCGAUGACUUUGGAGACCGCAGCACACAGCGCGACACCACCUCAGAGAGUCUUUACGCCCCUGGCUCCUCCCACAUGUCCAGUCACAGCGAGCAGCUGAGGAUCCUGAGUGUCCACGGAAAAGGGGAGGGCCCACUGGUGCUGGACGGCCAUGACACACUCUUCACCGCGUCUGAACGGGACGCCAAGAACUCGCUGUCUGCAGACCACAGCGUGGUCAAGAGCCUGGAGCGCGGCGAGCAGCUGGUGCGCCGCGAGGAGCUGACUGGGCAGCAACAGACCCCAGACACCAUUUUAAUCAAAGAUGAAGAGGAUAUUGGUGGAGGCAUGCCUGCUGUAGAAUACUGCGAUGACUUUGGAGACUGCAGCACACAACACGGCGCCACCUUGGAUAAUCUGCAUGUGGACGCUCCUGGCUCCUCCCACAUGUCAAGUCACAACAGGGAGCUGCGGAUCCUGAGCGUCUAUGGAAAUGGGGAGGGCCCACUGACGGGGGACGGCCAUGACAACCUCUUCACCGCGUUCAAACCGGAGGCUCUGAGCUCGCUGCCCGCGGUACACAGCGUGGGAAAGAGCCUGGAGCGCGGCGAGCAGCUGGUCCGCCGCGAGGAGCUGACUGGGCAGCAGACCCCAGACACCAUUUUAACCAAGGAUGAAGAGGAUAUUGGUGGAGGCAUGCCCGCUGUAGAAGACUGCGAUGAGUUUGGAGACUGCAGCACACAACACGGCGCCACCUUGGAUACUCUGCAUGUGGACGCCCCUGGCUCCUCCCACAUGUCCAGUAACAGCGAGGAGCUGCGGAUCCUGAGUGUCCACGGAAAAGGGGAGUACCCACUGGCGGUGGACGGCCAUGACAACCUCUUCACAGUGUUCAAACUGGAGACUCUGAGCUCGCUGUCUGCGGAACACAGCGGGGCAAAGAGCCUGGAGCGCGGCGAGCAGCUGGUCCACCGUGAGGAGCUGACUGGGCAUCAGGGCGGCGGUAAGGACCGGCCCGCUGUGUUGUCUGGCGAGUGUUUUCCCGAAAAAAACAAUAUGGUCAUCCACAGGCGUACCCACACCGGCGAGAAGCCGUACGGGUGCGACCAGUGCACGGAGCGCUUCAAACGGAAAGACAGCCUGAAGAGCCACAUGAGGAGGACUCACUCCGGGGAGAAGCCCUACAGGUGUGAUCAAUGCGUGAAGCGCUUUAUGAGGAGCUCCAACCUGAAGGUCCACAUGAGGACUCACUCCGAGGAGAAGCCCUACAGGUGUAACCAAUGCGUGAAGCGCUUCAUUGUGAGCUCUCACCUGAAGAUCCACAUGAGAACUCACUCCGGGGAGAAGCCCUACAGGUGUAACCAAUGCGUGAAGCGCUUCAGUACGAGUUCCAACCUGACGGUCCACAUGAGGACUCACUCCGGGGAGAAGCCCUACAGGUGUAACCAAUGCGUGAAGCGCUUCAGCCAGAGCUCCCACCUGACGGGCCACAUGAGGACUCACUCCGAGGAGAAGCCCUACAGGUGUAACCAAUGCGUGAAGCGCUUCAGUACGAGUUCCCACCUGACGGUCCACAUGAGGAGGACUCACUCCGGGGAGAAGCCCUACAGGUGUAACCAAUGCGUGAAGCGCUUUAUGAGGAGCUCCAACCUGAAGGUCCACAUGAGGACUCACUCCGGGGAGAAGCCCUACAGGUGUAACCAAUGCGUGAAGCGCUUCAGUACGAGUUCCCACCUGACGGUCCACAUGAGGACUCACUCCGGGGAGAAGCCCUACUGGUGUAACCAAUGCGUGAAGCGCUUCAGUACGAGUUCAAACCUGACGGUCCACAUGAGGAGGACUCACUCCGGGGAGAAGCCCUGCUCGGCUACCCUUCGAUUACAAAUAACUCAGAGCCUGAAAGAAAACCAAGCGCUGAGGAUGAAGGUGAUGAGGAAACACUGCGAUGACUUUGGAGACCGCAGCACACCGCGCGGCGACCCCUCAGAUCGUCUGCAUGUGGACGCCCCUGGCUCCUCCCACAAGUCCACUCACAACGAGGAGCUGAGGAUCCUGAGCGUCCACGGAAAAGGGGGGGGCCCACUGGUGCUGCACGGCCAUGACACCCUCUUCACUGCGUCCGAACCAGAGGCUCUGAGCUCGCUGUCCACGGAACACGGCGUGGUCAAGAGCCUGGAGCGCGAAGACUGCGAUGACUUUGGAGACUGCAGCACACAACCCAGCGUCACCUUGGAUAGUCUGCAUGUGGACGCUCCUGGCUCCUCCCACAUGUCAAGUAACGACAGGGAGCUGAGGAUCCUGAGUGUCCACGGAAAAGGGGAGGGCCCACUGGCACUGGAAGGCCAUGACAACAUCUUCACCGUGUUCAAACUGGAGACUCUGAGCCCGCUGUCUGCGGAACACAGCGUGGCAAAGAGCCUGGAGCGCAGCGAGCAGCUGGUCCACCGUGAGGAGCUGACUCGGCAUCGGGGCGGCGGCAAGGACCGGCCCGGUGUGUUGUCUGGCGAGUGUUUUCCCGACAAAACCAAUAAGGUCAUCCACAGGCGUACCCACACCAGCGAGAAGCCGUACGGGUGCGACCAGUGCACGAUGAGCUACAAACUGAAAGACAGCCUGAACAGCCACAUGAGGAGGACUCACUCCAGGGAGAAGCCCUACAGGUGUGAUCAAUGCGUGAAGUGCUACUAUAGUAGCUUUCACCUGACGAGGCACAUGACGACUCACUCCAGGGAGAAGCCCUACAGGUGUGAUCAAUGCGUGAAGUGCUACUAUAGGAGCUCUCACCUGAAGAGGCACAUGAAGACUCACUCCGGGGAGAAGCCCUACAGGUGUAACCAGUGCUUGAUGCGAUUCAUGAGGAGUUCCAACCUGACGCGUUUGGGACACAGGGAUACAUUCUCGGAGUAUGCGGAUAUGUUAAUAAACAUGUCACCGUGCGGAAAAACUUUGGAAGAACAGCUUUCGUCCAUAAUGGACAUACUUGCGAAAGCUGCCGUAUCUGAAAUUAGCCAACUGUUCUCGGAAGGCUCGGCUACCCUUCGAUUACAAAUAACUCGGAGCCUGAAAGAAAACGAAGCGCUGAGGAAGAGGAUGAAGGUGAUGAGGAGUGAGCUGUUUUCUUUGCGGCUUCAAACGAGAUCAAAUCCAUCGUGUGCGGCAAGUCGUUUUACCCUGGCUCGAGCCAACAUCUGCAAACCACAGACUAAACCACAGGGAGAUGAACACUGCGAUGUCUUUGGAGACCGCAGCACACAGCGCGACACCACCUCAGAGAGUCUUUACGCCCCUGGCUCCUCCCACAUGUCCAGUCACAGCGAGGAGCUGAGGAUCCUGAGCGUCUAUGGAAAAGGGGAGGGCCCACUGGCGCUCGACGGCUAUGACACACUCUUUACCGCGUCCAAACGGGAGGCCAAGAACUCGCUGUCUGCAGACCACAGCGUGGACAAGGGGCUUGAGUGCGGCGAGCAGCUGGUCCGCCAAGAGGAGCUGACUAUGCAGCAGACCACAGACACCAUUUUAAUCAAGGAUGAAGAGGAUAUUGGUGGAGGCAUGCCCGCUGUAGAAGACUGCGUUGACUUUGGUGACUGCAGCACACAACAUGACGCCACCAUGAAUAGUCUACAUGUGGACGCCUCUGGCUCUUCCCACAUGUCAAGUCACAACGGAGAGCUGCGGAUCCUAAGUGUCUAUGGAAAAGGGGAAGAACCACUGGCGGUUGAUGGUCAUGACAACCUCUUCACCGCGUUCGAACCGGAGGCUCUGAGCUUGCUGUCCGCAGAACGCAGCGUGGCAAAGAGCCUGGAGCGUGGAGAGCAGCUGGUCCAACGUGAGGAGCUGACCGGGCAUCGGGGCAGCGGCAAGGACCGGCCCGGUGUGUUGUCUGGCGAGGUUUUUCCAGAAAAUACCAAUAUGACCAUCCACAUGCGUACCCACACCGGCGAGAAGCCGUACGGGUGCGACCAAUGCACAAAGCGCUUCCAAAUGAAAGGCAGCCUGAAGAUCCACCUGAGGACUCACUCCGGGGAGAAGCCCUACAGUUGUGAGCAAUGUGUGAAGCGCUUCAAUCAGAGCUCCGAUCUGAAGGUUCACAUGUGGACUCACUCCAGGGAGAAGCCCUACAGGUGUGACCAAUGCGUGAAGAGCUUCACUAAGAGCUCCAACCUGAAGAUCCACAUGAGGACUCACUCCGGGGAGAAGCCCUACAGGUGUGACCAAUGCAUGAAGAGCUUCGGGCGGUGCUCCAGCCUGAAGUGCCACAUGAGGACUCACUCAAGGGAGAAGCCCUACAGGUGUGACCAUUGCGUGAGGUGCUUCAGUCAUAGCUCCGACCUGAAGAUCCACAUGAAGACUCACUCCGGGGAGAAGCGCUACAGGUGUGACCAAUGCAUGAAGUGCUUCGGACAGAGCUCUCACCUGAAGAGCCACAUGAGGACUCACUCCGGGGAGAAGCCCUGAAGGUGCAACGCCAGCCUCAGCGACCCUAGCAAUUUGCGUUGGCACAUGCUGAAGCCCAGAGGCAAUUGCGUGCUUUGA